AUGGCGGCGGUGGCGGAAGUGCCCAAGGGCACUGGCAGCGAGGCAGAGGCAGAGGAGCCAGUUAUCAUGCAGGUGGACUUGAGUGCGUUGCUGGAGCGGGAUUUAGAUGGCAAGGUGUCGACGGUUCAUCUGGAUUCGUUGGCGCUGAGCGAGGCGACCGCCGCGCAGUUGGCCGUGGGUCAGCGCGUCGUGGCAAGUUUGCAAAAGGCGGGGUGCUUUACGUUGGCCGCCAACUGUAUCCAGGACCGCGAAGCCCGCGAGCUGUUUACCGAGGCGGGCGCUUACUUUGAUUUGCCCGAGCCACAAAAGCGCGCGGGGCGGGCGGUAGCUCGCGGCGGCUUUAUUCGGGGAUAUGUGGCUUAUGGUCAAGAGUCUGGACGCAAAGAGUACUUUGAGCCCAAAGAAGGGUUUUCCUAUGGUUAUGAGUGGCCUGAUGAUCAGCCGCCUCAGAAUGCACUGCAAGGCUGCAACAUUUGGCCGGCGGAAGCGCCAGGGUUGCGGCCCGGCCUCACGCGACACUUUGACUGGUCGGUGUCUAUUAUGCGCGCGGUAGUUGCGGCCAUUGCCUUGGGACUUGGCCAGGCGCCGCGCGACCUGCUGGAGGUCUGCGCAGGCGGUGAUACCAUCUCGCUGAUGCGCCUCUUUCGCUAUCAUCCAGCCGAAGCGGACCGCGCGUGCUUGGGGUCAUCGCCACACACUGAUUGGGGUUUCCUCACGCUCAUUUUGCAAGACGGUACGGGCGGCUUGCAAUUUCAGCACGGGUCUGAGGGACGCUGGUAUGAUGUGCCAGCACGAGAGGAUUAUAGCCUGGUGGUAAACGGCGGCGACUUUCUCGCCCUUUUGACUGGUGGGGCCUUUGUGUCCCCGGUACACCGUGUACAAUGCCCGCCCGUGUCGCGCCUCUCCUUUGUGUUCUUCUACUACCCGGGCUAUGAGUCGGAGGUGGACGGCCGCCAAUGGCGCCCGUCUAAGGACGCCCCAGCUGCCGCUGCUUCCACGCACAACACGCUCCUGGACGUUGAUAGUGGCACGCGCCAGGUGAGCGGUCUGGCCGGAAUGACGUCUCUCCGCCAGUUUGGCGAUUACAUCAAUGCCAAAUGGCAAGGCGUCCAGCGCGCAAGCCCCAACGAUGCUUAA